AUGUUUAAGUUUAGCGACAAGAGAAUGGAAUAUGAGGAAUAAAUGCUUGAAGAAAAUUAAGAUGAACUGCCUCCAAAUGUUUAAUAUAAGCGCAUUGAUCGAUAUAACUAUGUACUCUAAAUAAGAGGUGAAAAAGGUAGUGCACAUGAGGGUAGAAUAUUUAAUUAAAUAUAGAUGCCUAUAUUAUAGCAGAUGUUAGUCUAUAAGGUUUCCCAGUUGAAGCUCCAUCUAUCAAUUUCCGUAAUAAUUUUCAACAUGUGAACAUUUUUCCUAUGGGCAAGCUGUGUUUGUACUUGAUUAAUAAAGAAACUUGGAUUUCUAGUACUAGUUUAAUAGAUGUUUUUUCAGGAGUCAAUUAAGUCAUACAUCAGUAUUGAAUAGAAUUAUAAAUGUAAGUCCUACCUUUAAUGAUCCUGCAAAUAGUUCUUUUAAGGAGCCAGAUGUUUAUGAAAAAGAUAUGAAAGAAUAAGCAAAAAAAUUUAGAGAUGAGAAAUAUAAAAUAAUCUGAAA